AAUCGAAAAGGAAUGAAUAAGGAAAAUGUCGAAAAAAAAAUCAACACAUUGAAUGGUAGACUAGAUGCCGCCUACGUCAUCGACAAGCGCCAUAAAUAAUGCUAUGCUACGACAAAUGGCACAUGGCAAUUCCUCAAGAGACUGAGAGAAACAAAAGAGAAAAUAGAAGAGAGAACCGCAGUCUAUAUUUAUAUAUAUAUAUGAGAAGACUUGAGUUAUUGCCAGAUGAACAGUUGGACAGUUGGAGAGCGGGACACAGUUAGGCCGGGCGGUCAGUGUGCGUGCUAAGCGCUCCAAGACUGGAUGCUGCGGUCGCUUGGAGUAACAGCUGAAAAUAAAAUACAAAAUACUAUAUACAUUUAAAAAAAAAUUUACGUAAUUUUGUAGUGUGUGUGUGUCCGUUUGCAUAGCUAGAAAUUCAACAACGAAAUGGCCACUGCAUUUAGAAAAUUCAAUUAGUUUGAGUGCGUUGUUUAGCUAGUAUUUUAAAAUAUAUAUAUUUUUUUUCUUUUUGGAAAAAUGCAUUUGUAUCCAGUUUACAUUUACGCUGUGUUAUUUUUAAAGUAUGCCCUCGCUUUUGGCGAAGAGAGGCAUACAAAAAUCAUAGUGGGCGCCAUUUUCUUUGAAAAUGAAAGGCAAAUCGAAUUAGGUUUCGACCAGGCCCUGCGUGAGGUGAACAACUUGAAAUUCUCGGAGCUACAGUUUACAUCCAUCAAACGAUAUAUGCCAACCAAUGAUAGUUUCCUACUCCAACAGAUCACUUGUGAACUAAUUUCCAAUGGCGUUGCGGCUAUUUUCGGACCAAGUUCAAAGGCAGCGAGUGAUAUUGUAGCGCAAAUCGCAAACAUGACCGGCACUCCUCAUAUUGAAUUUGAUUGGAAAGCCGAGGCAACGCGUCAGGAGCAUUUAAAUAAUCGGAUGACUGUAAAUGUGGCUCCUUCGUUAUCAGCAUUAUCCCGUGCUUAUUACGAGAUUAUCAAAACUAACUAUGAGUGGCGCACCUUUACGCUAAUCUAUGAAACGCCAGAGGUUAACAUCGACUUUACCUGGAUAAGUUCGCUUGUCAACGACUCUACUUUAAACUUAAAAUGGACUCACUUGAGUGAAGUGGAUCAAAUUCUUGGUAGUCAAAUGAUGCUGCCUAUACUCAUCUAUGAUGCUGUGGUACUGUUUACCAACUCUAUACGUAAUGUGAUCACUGCGAUGCAACAGUAUCAUCCACCCAACAGCGAUUGUGGUGCACGUUUUAGUGGCCCCUGGAUAAUGGGUGACUAUAUCAUAAGUGAAAUGAAAUCUAUAUCGGAGGACGAUGUUGAGCCGCAUUUUAAAACGGAAAACAUGAAACUGAAUGAGUAUGGACAGCGCACACAUUUCAAUUUGGAAAUCUACAAGCCAACGGUUAAUGAGCCCCUGAUGAUUUGGACGCCAGAUAAUGGCAUUAAGAUAAGAAAACUGAAUCCAGAAACUGAAAGUUCAGCAGCAGCAACGGAUUUUUCGGUGCAACGCAAGGUCUACACUGUGGUGACACAUUAUGAAAAGCCAUACUUCAUGAUGAAAGAAGAUCACGAGAACUACAGAGGGCAGGAGAAGUUUGAGGGAUAUGCCGUGGAUCUGAUUGGAAAGCUAUCUGAGCUUAUGGAAUUCGAUUAUGAGUUUAUGAUUGUCAAUGGCAACGGUAAAUAUAAUCCUGACACUAAACAGUGGGAUGGCAUAAUACGCAAGCUGAUAGAUCAUCAUGCACAGAUUGGAGUCUGUGAUUUGACGAUCACUCAACUGCGUCGAUCGGUUGUCGAUUUCACAGUGCCGUUUAUGCAGCUCGGAAUUAGCAUAUUACAUUAUAAGAGUCCGCCGGUACAAAAGAAUCCUUUCGCCUUCUUGGAUCCCUUUGCGCUAGAUGUAUGGAUCUAUGUGAUAUUUGCACAGUUGGUAAUGACAUUGGCAUUUGUGCUGAUUGCGAGACUCUCCUAUCGCGAGUGGAUGCCACCGAAUCCCGCCAUUGUUGAUCCCGAUGAGUUGGAGAAUAUCUGGAAUGUAAAUAACAGUUGCUGGUUAAUGGUUGGUUCAAUAAUGCAACAGGGUUGCGAUAUAUUGCCCAGAGGUCCCCAUAUGCGCAUUCUAACUGGAAUGUGGUGGUUCUUUGCCCUAAUGAUGCUCAGCACUUAUACGGCCAAUUUGGCGGCCUUUUUGACCAGCAACAAAUGGCAGAGCACCAUCAAAAGCUUGGGAGAUUUGAUUGAGCAGGAUGAAGUGAGCUUUGGCAGUAUGAGCGGAGGUAGCACCUCUUUGUUUUUUUCAGAAUCAAAUGAUACCGACUAUCAGCGUGCCUGGAAUCAAAUGAAAGGUUUCAAUCCCUCCGCAUUUACCAGCAACAAUGGAGAGGGUGUUGAACGUGUUCGUAAGGAGAAGGGCAAAUACGCUUUCCUUAUGGAGACAACCAGCAUGACAUAUAACAUUGAACGCAAUUGCGAUUUACGUCAGAUUGGCGGACAAAUUGGGGAAAAGCAUUAUGGAUUGGCUGUGCCUUUAGGCGCCGAUUACCGUACAAAUUUGAGCGUUUCGAUUCUACAGUUGAGUGAAAAGGGUGAACUCUAUAAGCUGAAGAACAAAUGGUGGAAGAAGCAUAAUGUAACCUGCGAAAUGUUUCAUGAGGUGGAUGGCGAUGAGUUGUCCAUCAUUGAGCUGGGUGGUGUUUUUCUGGUACUCGCUGGUGGAGUUGUCACUGGCGUUAUUCUGGGCAUCUUUGAGUUCCUCUGGAAUGUGCAAAAUGUGGCCGUGGAGGAGCGGGUUACGCCCUGGGAGGCAUUAAAGGCCGAGCUGAUAUUUGCUCUGAAGUUUUGGGUACGAAAAAAGCCCAUGCGUAUAUCCAGCAGUAGUAGCAGCAGUGCUGAUAAAUCAUCCAGACGAUCUUCGGCAUCCAGGCGCAGUUCUAAGGAGAAAACGCGCAGCAAGACGGCCAGUUAGAAAAUAAAGAUAGGCAACAAAUUUGUUAAUAAGUUUUGAAAUCAAGUUGUAUAAAUGUUUGCAAGAAAAUACAACAAUUGGUUAAUGAUUAUA